GAAGAAGGCCAAGCGCGCACACUCAACCACCCCCAGGACACCGCCGCAUCGAGCGUCAACACCCCCGGCUCGACCUCGAGCGCCGUCAAACCAGACCCAGACGAGUACGACCUCAUAACAGACCCAUGGACCGACGAACAGGAGACCGCGCUGUUGAAGGCGAUCAUCAAAUGGAAACCAGUCGGAAUCCAUAAGCACUUCCGCAUGCUCGCCAUCUCCGACUACUUGAAGAGCCAAGGAUACGCGCCGGCUUCGGCGGAGCAUAUGCGCAUUGCGGGGAUUUGGAAGAAGCUAGGAUCUCUCUACAAUCUGGAGGAAUUGGAUGAGCGGGAGAAUUCAUUGAUCAUGGACACAAGCGAGGACGGCGAGCUGUCGAGCGACAUGUACUGUCCCUUCGAGCUACCGGAUGAGGAAUACGGCGAGAUGAUGUUCGACAGACGGCUGGCGAUGGAAAGCUCCACUUCCCCAGUCAGUCGCCCGGCGGAGUCUCGACGAGGAAGCACGGUGGCAGAUACCGAUGAACCGCGCUCUUCUCCCGCGCCAUCGCGAGGCCGCAAGUCCAAUCGCCCGUCUCGCCCAUCUACGCGCGGAACGCGCUCGUCAAAACUGCAAGCAGAAAUCAGCAGUCAGGGAAAAGCAUCUGAUGAUGACGGAGAGUCGGGUGAGGAUACCGGCGCCAAUGAUGAGGCCGACGAGGAGGGUGAAGAGGGUUCCGGCGAGAGCGAGGGUGAUGAAGAGGCAGGGGAUGAGAAAGGGUCGCGCAGCACUCGCGCGCAGGCGUCUCGGCCGAAGCAGAAGGACAAGAAGCCGGCUACGAGUACGGGAACACGCCGGACGGGACGGCGUCGGUGA